AUGAGUUGUCAUAACGCAGGCAAUAGUCUGGCUUUCUGCCCUGAAGAUGAUACGCGGAGGAAGGUGUCUACGUCGUCGUCUGGGAUAUGGUCGUUGCCAGACGCGGUGGCUUUGACCAUCCUGUCGCAGGUCUCCAGAUUUGACCGUGGUGCCUUUGCUCUCGCCUCCAAGAGCCACCGAUCUCUCGUAGCUUCCUCUGAGUUCUUCGGCCUGAAAACAUCCAUCGAGGAAAAUCUCUACGUAUGCAUGCGCUUCUCUCCUGACCCAAACCCAAGCUGGUUCAUCCUCAACACCACGCUGCGUCGGCUAUGCUCGAUCCCGUCAAACCCUAAUCCGGCUCCGGAUUCAUCAUCCUCUUACGUGGUGGUGGGUCGGGGAAUCUACGUACUUGGUGGUCGCAUAAAAGGUGGACGUCGCUCUUCGGAUGUAUGGUUCCUCGAUUGUUUCUCUCACACGUGGAGCCGCGUCGCGUCCAUGAAGCUGCGUCGUGCUUCCGCACAUGCAAACCUUUUAGAGGGAAAGAUUUACGUGUUUGGAGGGUGCGGAGGUAGACACUCAAACUGGGGAGAGGUUUUCGAUCCAGAGACCCAAACUUGGAGUAAAUGGCUUGACCUGCCAUACGUAAAAAUCAACAUCCACCAAAGUGUGGCGAUAGAGAAGAAGAAGAUGAUUUUCGCUGUAGAUAAGGAUUAUGGAUACGUGAAAUUAUAUCCAAGAAAACACAUUGAUUGGUGUUACAUACGGAAAGUUUUAUACUGCCGUGGUAGCCACGGAAGAGUAAUGUGGUGUGAUCCAGAUGAUAUUGAUUGGAAAGAAGUCAAGGGUUUGGAAGAUCUGCUGCAACCGUCGUGGCAACCUCUCUGUACUGAUAGUCCAUGUGGCAGUCAGAUGCCGUGUUAUGAUAUCUGCAGACUCAGCAGAAACUCUGCUGGCAACAUUGUCAUCUUCUGGAAAGAUCUUGAGAGUUUUGAGCUUUGGUGUGCCGAGAUUUCCAUUGAGAAACGCCAGGGAAUAGAGAUUUGGGGAAGAUUGAAUGGUCACAUCCUGUCUUAA